AUGUUUGGCCCGUACUCCUUCAUAGAUAUUCUUAAUGGAAGAGAAGAAGAUGGGGAUAACGGACGUAGCCUUAGAAACUACGUUGAGGUGAGAGUUGUGUCGAAGAUUUUGAAGAUUCUAUACAAAGCAUGCAAAUCUUCAGGCGAAGAUUUAAGUGUUGGCGUGAUAUCUCCAUAUGGAGCUCAGGUUGCUGCAAUACAACACGAUAUUGGAAAUAAUUAUGAAAAUAUCGAAGGCUUUACAGUGAAAGUGAGGACAGUGGAUGGGUUUCAAAGGGGUGAAGAGGAUGUCAUAAUAGUAUCGACCGUAAGAUCAAACCCUCGCGGUUCUAUCGGGUUCGUUUCUGAUCCUAAGAGAACCAAUGUCACUAUCACCAGGGCAAGAUACUCUCUUUGGAUAUUGGGAAAUGAGAGAACGCUGAUGAGAAGCAAAUCUGCAUGGGAAGCUUUGGUUCAUGAUGCUAAGAGCCGUGGUUUUUUCUUCAGCAUUGAUGAUUUUGAAGCCAUUUUGGAUGGGAAGAAUAGUCAGCUUGAUGAGCCGGUCGCUGGAAGUAAUGUGCUAUUUAGAAAUGAGAGGUGGAGGGCAAACUGCUCUUAGGAUGCUAAGAGCCGAGAAUGUUCCUCCGGUUGUGAUGAAGUUAAAGCCAUUUUGGAUGGGAAGAAAGAGAAUAUUCGGCUUGAUGAUCCGCUCGAUGGCAAUAGUGUCCUAUUUAGAAAUGCUCGGUGGAGGGUUUUCUUCGGCGAUAACUUUGUGAAGUCUUUCGGAAAGCUUACGUCACAUAGGACCAAGAUGUCAAUCUUGGACCUCUUAUCAAAACUUGCUGGUGGCUGGAGACCUGAGAAGAGCUAUGUGGGUUUACUCCCUACAAGCUGUUCUGAUAUGGUGAAGCAAUUUGAGGUUGAUGGUCUCUCUACGUGCUGUGCACUGUCGAUAUAGAUAUACUUAAGGAACCGAGAUACAUCCAAAUCCUGAAGAUUUGGGAUGUAUUGCCCUUAAGGGAUGCGACGAGACUGGUUGAACAUCUCGACAGUGAGUUCAAAGCAUAUGCAGACGAUUUCAUUAGUCUCUGCAACGAGAAAUGUCUUGAGGGGGAUCUUAUAGUUCCAAAGACAUGGGAUUCUUCUCAUGGUAUUGCUCGUUUCCGUAAUCCGGAUCAAGUUCAAGCAGGGAGCGGUUUGGGGGCCGAUAUUUCGAUUCCGGGAACGAGCGAGAGCCUGCUUUCAAUGAGAUUCCACCCCUCAUCAUCAGGCGUGGUCAGGCACUUGUUUUCGGAGGACCACGAUGGCGAAGCGAAUCUUGCUUCUGACGUAACCGAGCUAGAUCAAGAGAUGAAUUCCCGAUUCGGUGGGCUUCAUAUUUGAGCAAACCCAUAUUGUUCCCCUUCUUCACAAGCAGCUUCUUUUGACAGAAUCAGGGGAUAACACAAUUUCUUUACGAGGAAUGUUUCGUUCGGGGUCGGAAUUUCUGCGCCCGUGCCGGGUAUUUUCGAGAAGGCUUGGACCUUCUAAAUCAUCUAUCUUUUUCUAGUUUUAUGUCUGGAUAUAUUUGGUUGAAAUAAUGGCAUAGAAUUUUCGGUUCAGGUGUCAUAA